AUGGUCAACUUCCUCUUCUCGGCGGCUACUUUCGCCUACCUUCUGCUUCAUAUCUCUGCCAACCCCAUUCCCGAAAAUGAGAACAACAUUCAAACUAUCUCAGACUUGACAUAUUACGACGAUUCGCAUGUCCAACUCUUUUCGGCCGAUGCUAUUAUUCCAGAGGUCAUCAAAUUGAGCAGAGACCAGUUCUUCAACGAGACCCUCUCCAAGAUUGAGCCGUAUAUCCCCCCAGGCUCACCAUAUAGCGGACAGACAGAGAAACGCGAUUAUAUUGAGGGACCGGAUGAUCGUGUUCUCUUCCCAAGCACCUCCUUUCCAUACGCAUCGGUUGGUAGACUGUACUGGUCCAAUGGGGCCAUAUGUUCCGGUGCAUUAGUCGGUCCUCGCCAUGUCUUGACUGCCAAGCACUGCAUCAAGAGUGGCGUAAGCGGAAAGUUUGCUCCUGGUUUUGACCAGACGGCGAAGCUGGGCUAUGGCGAUGUAACACACGUUAUUAGCAUUAGCGACGAAGCGACGGGCGACUGUCGCCAUAAGGGAGAUUGGGCUGUCAUCAUCAUCAACAAGCGUCUAGGCGACGAGCGAGGCUACUUUGGUGUUAAGACCCCAGACAAGUCUAAGAUUGGGCAAGUCGGCUUCGACCACAUGGGCUACCCUGGGGAUAAGGACAACACGAUGAGGCCAUACCGCCAGAAUAACAACAAACUUUUGGACAAGGAAUGGAGCUGUGAUGGAAAUGGCCCAUUUUGGACUGAUACUGACCUUUCCGGUGGCCAGUCCGGCGGCCCAUUCUGGGAGACUCUCGAUAGUGGUAGAUAUAUCUGGGGCGUCCUUGCUGUAGGCCAGACUAGUAACGAUAGAUCUUGGGCUGGGUGGGCUUGUGGAAGCAACAUGGUGUCAAAUGUGGACCGCCUACUUAAGGAGUUUGCUUGA